AUGUCAAUUACUUUAUCGAAGACAAAGAAGAAAGGAAGAGAGCACAAAGAGAUUAUGAUUAUUGUAAAUGGAAUCCGAGAGGCUGUUGAAAAAUAUACUUCUGUCUACAUUUUCUCUUUUGAAAACAUGAGAAAUAUCAAAUUCAAGGAAUUUAGAAACCAGUUUAGACACAAUGGAAGGUUCUUCCUCGGUUCGAACAAAGUGAUGCAGGUUGCUCUUGGUCGUUCGGCUUCUGAUGAAAUCCGUCCUGGCAUCUUUAAAGUCUCCAAGUUUCUGCUUCAUGGUGAUGCUGGACUUCUUGUUACAGAUAUGCCAAAAGAAGAGGUCGAAAGUAACGGCUCAAAAUACUUAAUUCUUAUUGCAUUGCAGAACGCUUAUGAGGAUUCAGACUUUUCAAGGACCGGAAGCACUGCAGUAGAAACGGUUGAGCUGAAGGAAGGUCCUCUAGAACAAUUCACGCAUGAGAUGGAACCGUUUCUAAGGAAGCAGGGUAUGCCUGUUCGUCUCAACAAAGGUUUGUAA